AUGAAGAGGUGUGUGGGCACCGGGCGGCCCCGCGGGCUCUGCCCUGCCCUGCUGCUCCUGGGGCUCGCACUGGGUGCCGCCGACCAGCUUGUUUGUGUCGGGAACACCUACCGCAAGGCCAACAGGUGCUGCCAGGACUGUGAGCCAGGCUUCCAGAUGGUGCGGCGCUGCACCAGGCAGGAGGACUCCGUCUGCCUCCCGUGCUCGCCGGGUUUCUACAACGAGGCCGUGAACUACGACACCUGCAAGCCCUGCACGCAGUGCAACCAGAGAAGUGGGAGCGAGAUCAAGCGGAUGUGCACAGCCACGAACGACACCGUGUGCAGCUGCCGGCCCGGCACCCAGCCCCGCGGCGGCUUCAAGCGCGGAGUUGACUGUGCCCCGUGCCCAGCAGGACACUUCUCCCCGGGCGACAACGAGGCUUGCAGACCCUGGACCAACUGCACCCUGGAGGGAAAGCGCACUCUGUGGGCCGGCAGCAACAGCUCCGAUGCCGUCUGCGAGGGCAGGACCCCCGCAGCCACCCUGCCUGAGGAGACCCCGGGCCCCCCAGCCCCGCCCUCCACCGCCCGACCCCCCCCCACCCAGGCCAGGCCCUCCCAGGGGCCGGCUACACCCCCUGCAGAGCCUCCCAGGGGCCCCGAGCUGGCCGCCGUCCUGGGCCUGGGGCUGGGCCUGGGCCUGCUGGCCCCCGUGGCCGCCGCGCUGGUCCUGCUCCUGCACUACAAGGUCUGGAGGCCGCCGGCCCACCGCGCCAAGCACCCCGGAGGAAGCGGCUUCCGGACCCCCGUCCAGGAGGAGCACUCGGAUGCCCACUCCGCCCUGGCCAAGAUCUGA